AUGUCAAAGACGUACAAGAAGGCCUGUCUGCACGUUGGAUGCAACAAGGACUAUACAAAGAAUCAUUGCUCACAGAUGCACCAGUGUGGCGGCGUCUACGAACAAUGUCCAAACGAGCGAAUCUAUAGACGCAAGACACACGCCGACAAGAUCUUGUCACCCGUAUCCACCAAGCCCAAGAUCAAGAUCCGUUGUCUCCACAAGAACUGCAAUGGCGAGUGCUGCAACUUUGCCAACGUCGAGGAGCACUGCAAGGCGAUCCAUGGCUGCACGGGCACAUAUGCGCGAUGCCCCAACGAGCGCGGCUACCGUCGCUCCAAGUUCGAGGCCGACCCCGAGGACUUUGAGUCUAUCGAGAUGUUGUUGGCGGACGGACGCAUCAAGUGCCCCCACACAUCGUGCAACAACUGGUACGCCUCACGCGAGGGUAUGAAGAGCCACGUCCGCAACAGCAAGCACAUCCAUCUUUGCCUCGACCGCCAGAGCUGCGAGGGAUGUCAAUUACGGGGAGCACUGGACGUCAAGCGCAGCAUUAUCGCCACGCGCACAGGUCCACCCAUGCCCGACUGGACGCCCAACUCACUGAAACGCAAGCUCUCACCAGGUGCUGGCGACAGUGAGGAGGACGAUGACGAAUAUUAUAGCGGCAAUGACAGUGUCAGUGGCGGUGGCCACUAUGGCGUCGGUAGCAGUGGCGGCAUUGGUGGCAGCAUUGGCAGCAUUAUCAACGGCGGCAGUAGUGCCCCUCGCGGCAGCACCGGCAGCAGCACAAGCAGCACCAGCAGCAGUCCCUACCACGGCGGCCAGAGUAGCCCAUACAGCGGCGGUCUGAGCCACUCUCUGGUCGGUGGUAUGGAGCACAACAGUGGUGGCGGCAUUGGUGGCAACGGCAGCAACAACACCAACUUUAGCAUUGUCAACAUUGUCCACAGCAACAGCGAGAGCAACACUGAUGACGAGGAGGACGAGAGUCCUUUUGGCACCAACUACAUAUUCAAGUGUCCACACUUUAGCUGCGCGGAGCGCGGCGAUCUCAACGCCAUCCGCAACCAUCUCAUUCUGAACCACAACUGCUACAUGUCGCGUCAAUGCGUCGGCUGUCGUAUGACAUUGGAGAUGAAGAUGCGCGACAUCAAGUACAAGCACGAAGCAACUCACAGGGCCCAGACCAUGUCGUCACCCUCUGCCGGCUCGCCACUCAGUCUCGCUCAACACCAAGUACAUCACUCGAGUCCCUUCAGCAACAUCAACCUCAGCAACAUCAACACCAACAACAAUCACAACAACAAUCAACAUCACCAUCACCAUCACAAUGUCAUCGAAGGUGGUCAUCACAGCCAAUUAAUGUCUGGCGGUGCACCCAGCAGCGAUAACAGUGAGUAUGGUGUACUGGAGCUGCCACAACAACCACAACCACAGCAACAGCAGCAGCAGCAGCCAUCCAAGAGGAAGAAAGAAGAUCACGAUGGCAUCAUUGCACAUUAG